AUGACUACCGAACUCAACGAAUGCAGCAUCAAGGUGCUCUGUAGGUUCCGGCCCUUGAAUCAGUCGGAGAUCAUACGGGGAGAUAAAUUCAUCCCGGUUUUCCAGGGCGAUGACACCGUCAUCAUUGGGGGCAAGCCUUAUGUCUUUGACCGGGUCUUCCCACCCAACACUACACAGGAACAAGUGUAUCAUGCCUGUGCCAUGCAGAUUGUCAAAGAUGUGCUGGCUGGAUACAAUGGAACCAUCUUUGCCUAUGGGCAGACGUCUUCUGGAAAGACUCACACCAUGGAGGGCAAGCUGCAUGAUCCCCAGCUCAUGGGCAUCAUCCCACGCAUUGCCCAGGACAUCUUCAACCAUAUCUAUUCCAUGGAUGAGAACCUGGAGUUCCACAUUAAGGUUUCUUACUUCGAAAUCUACCUGGACAAAAUCCGUGAUCUGCUAGAUGUGACGAAGACCAAUCUCUCUGUUCAUGAGGAUAAGAACCGUGUGCCAUUUGUGAAGGGUUGCACUGAACGGUUUGUCUCCAGCCCUGAAGAAAUCCUGGAUGUGAUUGAUGAAGGAAAAUCCAACCGCCAUGUGGCUGUCACCAACAUGAAUGAGCACAGUUCUCGGAGUCACAGCAUCUUCCUUAUCAACAUUAAACAGGAGAACAUGGAGACUGAGCAAAAACUGAGUGGAAAGCUUUACCUGGUGGAUUUGGCUGGCAGUGAAAAGGUCAGCAAGACUGGAGCUGAGGGAGCUGUGUUGGAUGAAGCCAAGAAUAUCAAUAAAUCUCUGUCGGCACUUGGGAAUGUUAUCUCAGCUCUGGCUGAGGGCACAAAAAGCUAUGUGCCCUACCGAGAUAGCAAGAUGACCCGUAUCCUACAAGACUCCCUAGGUGGGAACUGCCGCACCACAAUGUUUAUCUGCUGCUCUCCUUCCAGCUAUAAUGAUGCUGAGACCAAAUCUACUCUCAUGUUUGGACAGCGAGCCAAGACAAUCAAGAAUACAGCAUCGGUGAAUCUGGAAUUGACAGCAGAACAAUGGAAGAAGAAAUUUGAGAAGGAGAAGGAGAAGAACAAGACCCUCAAGGAGACAAUUGUCAAGUUGGAGGCUGAGCUAGGACGUUGGCGCAAUGGUGAGAAUGUCCCAGAAACAGAGCAAUUGAGUGAUGAGGAAAAGGUGGUACCUGACACUUGUGAUGAGACACCCAUUAAUGAUAACAACUCCUCCAUCGUCAUCCGGAUCUCAGAUGAAGAGCGGCAUAAGUAUGAGGAGGAGAUCCGCAAACUCUACAAGCAGCUUGAUGACAAGGAUGAUGAAAUUAAUCAGCAGAGCCAACUGAUGGAGAAACUAAAAGAGCAGAUGCUGGACCAGGAGGAGCUUCUAAUGUCCACUCGUGGGGACAAUGAAAAAGUGCAGCAGGAACUAAGCCAUCUGCAGUCUGAGAAUGAUUCUGCUAAGGAAGAGGUAAAGGAAGUACUGCAAGCUCUGGAGGAACUGGCUGUCAACUAUGAUCAGAAAUCCCAGGAGGUAGAAGAGAAGAGUCAGCAGAAUCAGCUAUUGGUGGAUGAGUUGUCUCAGAAAGUGGCCACCAUGCUGUCUUUGGAAUCAGAGUUGCAACGCCUACAGGAAUUCAGUGGGCACCAGCGCAAACGUAUUGCUGAGGUCCUCAACGGACUUAUGAAGGAUCUGAGUGAAUUCAGUGUCAUUGUGGGCAACGGUGAAAUCAAACUGCCAAUAGAGAUUAGUGGUGCCAUUGAGGAAGAAUUUACUGUUGCCCGGCUCUACAUCAGCAAGAUCAAAUCAGAAGUGAAGUCCGUUGUGAAGCGUUGCCGUCAGCUGGAAGGUCUUCAAGUUGAGUGCCACCGCAAGAUGGAGGUGACAGGACGGGAAUUGUCUUCCUGCCAGCUUCUCAUUUCUCAGCAUGAAGCCAAGAUCCGUUCACUUACUGAGUACAUGCAGAGUGUGGAGCUGAAGAAACGGAACUUGGAAGAAUCCUAUGAUGCUUUGAGUGAAGAGUUGGCUAAACUGCAGGCCCAAGAGACUGUGCAUGAUGUAGCCAAGGAGCAGGACCUAAUAGAAGAUACAGAUGAAGUCAAAAAGGCCUUGGAAGUGCAGCUGGAGAGUCACCGUGAAGCUCACCACAAGCAGUUGGCACGUCUACGUGAUGAGAUCAACCAGAAGCAGAAAAUCAUUGAUGAGCUUAAAGACUUAAACCAGAAGUUAGAACUUGAACUGGAGAAACUUCGUGCUGACUAUGAGAAACUCAAGAAUGAGGAGCAAGAGAAAACACAAAAACUUCAGGAGCUGACAUUUCUCUACGAGCGCCACGAGCAGUCCAAGCAAGACCUCAAGGGGCUGGAGGAAACCGUUGCCCGUGAACUCCAGACCCUCCACAACCUUCGCAAGCUGUUCGUUCAAGACGUCACGACUCGAGUUAAGAAAAGUGCGGAGUUGGAACCCGAGGACAGUGGGGGGGCUCAUUCCCAGAAACAGAAGAUUUCCUUUCUUGAGAACAACCUGGAACAGCUUACAAAAGUUCACAAACAGCUGGAUCGCUGGGUCUCCAAGCUGGUUCGUGACAAUGCAGAUCUGCGUUGUGAGCUUCCUAAACUGGAGAAACGUCUUCGGGCUACGGCUGAGAGAGUUAAGGCCCUGGAGGGUGCACUGAAGGAAGCCAAGGAAGGGGCAAUGAAAGACAAGCGGCGCUACCAACAGGAGGUAGACCGCAUCAAGGAAGCAGUGCGCUUCAAAAACAGCAUGAAGCGCAACCACUCUGCACAGAUUGCAAAACCAGUGCGACCAGGGCACUAUCCAGCUUCCUCCCCAACCAAUCCUUACGGUGUUCGCAAUUCUGAUUGCAUCAGCUACACCAAUAGCCUCUUCCAGAAUUAUCAAAAUGCCUACCUAAAUUCUGGCGGCACUGUGCCUGACAGCUACUUUACAAAUGCACCUUCCAGUAGUGGAAGCAGCUCCUCUACUGCCCCUCUGACGUCCUAUCAGAAGCUCAAUAUGGAUAAUGGAAAUGCCACAGACAUCAAUGAUAACAGAAGUGACCUGCCUUGUGGUGUUGCAGCUGAUGAGCAAGCCAAGCUCUUUCCCUUUCAUCAGGAGACUGCAGCCAGCUAA